GGGAUUCCGUGAAGUGGGAGUUAGGGAUAGCAGGGUAGCAUGCCGACAGCAUCUGGUCGAUGCAGGCGUACCUUCACCUUCACCUUCACCGACGAGGCUGCGGUAGCAGUGCGGGGGAGGGGGCUGUGGGGGAGUGGGUGAGUAGCAAGCUGGGUGAUAACCGUGAGGUGAGGUGCGGUGAGGGAUUUGGGUUGCGGGGUUGAGAGCGGGACGUAGUGAUGGAAGGGGCAGGCAAAGGCUUCGAUGCGAGGUUUGUGGGACGGGUGCAGUCGGAAUUUGGCGGGGCGAGCGGGGUGAAGGGGUGCGGGAGCACUCCCACGAUCAAUGCUGCGGCGCAUCCUCCGCAUCCCACACAGUCUCAGCUGCACCAGUCGCGGUAUGUGGGAUACCCGUCGACGCCUCACCCGUUCACUGUGAAGAGGGAGGCGUCUCCGUCUGUGUCCGAGUCGUCAAUGAGAUCGAGGGAGUCUUACUCGGUGGAGGCGAGCAUGCAAGACGCGGUGACGUCGCCCAGCCCCGCAAGCGUUUCGGGGUCGGGGCAGGGUCGUGGGAUGGGCAGUCUGGGGCCGAAUUUUAGCACAGAUGUGAAUCAGAUGCCGGACACCCCUCCGCGACGAAGAGGGCACCGGCGUGCGCAGUCGGAAAGCGCAUUCCGAGUUGCGGACGAUGCGUCGUUCGAGAGCGAGGGUGGGGUGCAGGGAUCGGAGAUUCCGACCGUUUCCGACGACGGUGCAGAGGACCUGUUUUCGAUGUACAUUGACAUGGAGCAGAUAAACAGUUUGAUCGGGACAUCGGAGCAAGCGGGUGCAAUGAAAUCGGGUGGUGAAGGGGACAAUGCGCCUCCUCCGCCUGGUCAUCAUGCUCGGAGUUUGUCCGUGGACGGAGGGCUGGGGAACUUGACCGGCAACAGGACGGGCGUGGGUGUGGGUGUGGGUGGUGGUGGUGGUAGCGGUUCGAUGGCAUCGGAAGGUCGGCGGGCGCGGCACCAGCACGUUAGCUCGAUGGACGGGUCGAGCUGCUUCAAACACGACCUGUUUGGCGAAUUCGGAGGGGACACGAAGAAAGUGGUGGCUUCGGCGAAGCUGUCGGAGAUAGCGCUGGUCGAUCCGAAGCGUGCCAAGAGGAUAUUGGCGAAUCGGCAAUCUGCAGCCCGUUCGAAGGAGCGGAAGGUGCGAUACAUCUCGGAACUGGAACGCAAGGUGCAGGGCCUGCAAGCAGAAGCCAAAACGCUGUGUGCCCAACUUGCGAUGCUGCAGAAGGAAACAGGUGGUCUGGCGACGGAGAAUGGCGAGCUGAAGUUGCGGCUGCAGGCUAUGGAGCAACAAGCUCAUCUACGUGAUGCGUUGAACGAAGCGUUACGAGAAGAGGUUCAGCGGCUGAAAGUAGCAACAGGUCAAGUGAGCAGCGGGAGCGGGCAGAGUUUGAGCAUGGGCGGCCAGCACGUGUUUCAGAUGCAGAGUCAAUCGUUCAAUCCGCAACAGUUGCAGCAAGCGCAACCAGCGUCGAACAAUGCGGCGGCUUCGGCGGCGCAGCAGCAGCAGGGAGCGCAGCAGCAGAUGCAUUCGGAUUACUUGCAGCGCGGGGCAUACAAUGUGUCGAGCGGUUUCAUGAAAAGCGAAGAAGCGAGCAUGGCAGUGAGUCAUGCGAGCAGUGCGUCGUUUGGGUGAUGGGUGCGGUGGAGAGGCACAGGCGAUUUGGAGAAGAGAAGGCACCCGAAGAAGGCAGCCGGAGGCUGCGAUUCUUGGUGGUUGCAGGACGCAGUGUCCGGGACAAACCUGAGAGGGUCGGGCGUGGAAGUCCUCGUCCGAGUGAUUCACACCGAAGUAGCUUGAUGCUGCGGUGACCAAGCUUUCGAAGCAGGUUCGGUGGGGUGGGUUUGGCUGUGGAAGAGGGAGGGGUCGGGAUGCGGAGAUGACAUGCGCAGCGAGGUGAACGUGAGGGAGGUGGAGGUGGAGGUGAAGGCGGGGGGUAGGACGCGACGCGGACGUGUGGUGAUGUUGGUGGGACGGGACGGGAGCAGUGAAAGCGCGGUGGGGUGCAGAGAGGUGUGCUGGUGCAGUGUGGGGACGAUGGGCGUGUGACAGACACAUGAUGACAUGCCUGUGCCGACUAUGCACUAUGUUAGAUUUCAACAUAGAGUUGGUAACCUUUGGAGUAGAUAAAUUUCACUUGUAUAUUAUGUCAUGUAAUCAUGGAUCAUAUAGAAGUCGUAACACUUAUUAAAUAUACAUCUAAUAUGUUCAUGUUCAAAAUUUAGUUGUACCAAUAGGCCAGGUACUUUAGACUAAGUUCAUUGUGUUGGUGAACACUUUCAUUUGACCAAGGUUUUUUUACAAUCUAAAAUGUGUUCUUAAUUUUAACACAAAUAUGUAAAAUAAAGUUUAAGUAUUGUGAAUACGUAAUAAAGUAAGAAUUAAGAGAAAA